CCGGCGGGAGCUGAGAGUGUGGCUGCGAGGGUGACUGGGAAGCGUCGGGGCCCAGGGCUGCAGCAGUAUGGCGGACCAGCUUUAUUUGGAAAAUAUAGACGAAUUUGUCAUGGAUCAAAACAAGAUCGUGACAUACAAAUGGUUGAGCUAUACAUUAGGAGUACAUGUUAACCAGGCCAAACAGUUGCUGUAUGAUUAUGUUGAAAGGAAGCGAAAGGAAAAUUCAGGAGCACAGUUGCAUGUCACCUAUUUAGUGUCUGGAAGUCUCAUUCAGAAUGGCUAUUCUUGCCACCAGGUUGCAGUAGUGAGGGAAGAUAAAUUGGAAGCGGUGAAGUCCAAGCUAACUGUGACUGCCAGCAUCCAUGUGUACAGCAUCCAGAAAGCCAUGCUAAAGGACAGUGGGCCUCUGUUCAAUACCGACUAUGACAUCCUUAAAAGCAACUUGCAGAACUGCAGCAAGUUUAGUGCCAUACAGUGUGCAGCUGCAGUCCUUAGAGCUCCUACUGAGGUCUCAUCUUCUGAAAAAGUUGAGCAGUCAGAUCUUCAUGUAUCAAGUGAGACACAAACCAAUAGUAAGUUGACCAGCAAUGGUCAUGGCCCACCUGCCUCCAAAGUGGUCUCCCAGCAGCCCAAAGGAAUUAUGGAAUUGUUGGCCGCCAAAGCUGCUUCUAAAAGUCAAGACACUAACAAGGACAGCAAACCAGAGGCUAAAGAGGUAACAGAUAAGUUUUUGACAGCAGCAGGCAGCAAGGCACUAGGGAAAGCAAAUGUGAUGAGCAAUUUUUUUGGAAAAGCUGCGAUGAAUAAACUUAAAGUCAAUUUGGAUUCAGAACAAGCAGUGAAAGAAGAAAAAAUAGUGGAGCAACCUCCAGUGUCUGUCACUGAACCAAAGUUGGCAGCUCCUACAGUCCUCAAGAAAUCCAGCAAAAAAGCAGAGCCUGUUAAGAUGCAACAGAAGGAAAAAAAAAGAGGGAAGCGAGUGGAGUUAUCUGAUGAUGAGACAAAAGAGUUUGAAAGCAUGAAGAAAAAGAGAAGAAGAAUCAAACUUCCCGAGUCUGAUAGCAGUGAAGAUGAAGUCAUACCAGACUCUCCUGGGGUUUAUGAAGCUGAGUCACCUCCUCCUCCUCCUCCUGCUUCUCCACCUCCUGAACCAGUGCCAAAGACUGAGCCAGACCCUCCUUCCACGAAGGGCUCAAAUGGAGAAAACAAAAGAAAACGAAAGCGUGUAUUAAAAUCUAAAACCUAUGUGGAUGAUGAAGGCUGCAUAGUUACUGAGAAAGUCUAUGAGAGUGAAUCCUGCACAGAUAGUGAAGAGGAGUUUAAGAUGAAGAUAUCUUCUGUGCACAGACCUCCUACCAUGACUAUGAAAAAAGAACCCAAAGAAGAACGAAAGGGCCCCAAGAAAGGGACUGCUGCUCUGGGCAAAGCCAACAGACAAGUGUCCAUUACUGGAUUCUUCCAGAAGAAAUAA